AUGAGUUCCCAGGCCGGCAAUACCGACAUUGAACGCCUCUUCGAAGAGGCAUGGAGCAAAAGCUGGUAUGCCCGCUACAGAUGCGCUCGGAGGAACUUUGCAGGCACCUGGAUGGGGCCCUGUGUUCCCGUCGAGAUCGUUGGCCUUUGGAAACGUCGCGACUGGUUGGACCUACUCCUCGGAACCGGUGGAGUUCCGGCCGCCAAUACGUAUCGGGUCAUCAUCGAGGCCUUGAAGACCAUGCCCGAAUUCGAGAAGGAGAUAACAGGCCACCUGUGUGGAUCCGUUCCUAUGGAAGAUAUGCCAUUGCGCGACAGGCCGGAUGGACCAUAUUGGGGCGCCACACGCGCUUGCAACGUACUACACAAGGAUGUCCUCGAUUUUGAGUCCCAGACUGUCAAGGACAGGACCUUGAGUGGCCUCUACGUCGGUCCGUACGCUACCGCACCUGGGAGUGGCGCCGACACACUGAAGGACGAGCCUCCCGUUACAAUCGUUCCGGUUCCCGAAGAACAAUAG